AUGGGAGUGCAUGGAUGGAUUUCAGCGCGCUUGGGGUUCAUCCUGUGUGGAUACUGGGUCUUUUUCUCCGGAAUACUAGUUGGUCAAGCCGAGGCGGGCUGUCGGGAGAGAGAAAGCCCGAACUGCUGCACCGGGCGAAAUAACGAGUGUUUUGAAUACAGCAAGCGUAAAACAGUCUGCUACUGUGACACAUACUGUCAGAAAACCGGGGACUGCUGCGAGGACUACCAGAGCGUGUGUCAGAUAUCUGCAGCCAUUGACUGUGUGGUGGGAUCAUGGGGGCCCUGGUCAUCGUGCACGUCUCCAUGUGGGGUUGGCAGCACAGAGAGGAGUCGUCAAGUAUCUGUUCCCCCUCGAAACGGAGGCACACCGUGCCCGGACCUCAAACAGCGACGAGGAUGCUUUGGAAACAAUGCCAUAUGCAACACAGCUAAAGAGGUGGCCAAGAUCCUGCCCGAUUCCUUCAAAAGGAACUUCAAGGACCCUUGGAGGCGACCACACAUGCUGAUGAUGGAGGAAAAGGCCAGCUAUUGUGUGUACCUGCGAAUCAAGCAGGCCAGCGCGGCGUGUAAACUCAAGCUGUGGAGUGCUCAGCUGGUCAGAGAGAGGCUGGUGUGUGCAGAAUGCCAGAGCGACGCCAUGUCUAAGACAGACCUCUGUGGUGGUGAUGGCCUGGAGAGCACCAGAACCUUCUGGGCGGCAGCGUCGGUCCCUGGAUGUCAUGGUUCCUGGGUGCGGGAGUCCUCUUCAGAGGGCUGCCGAUGUCCCCCGUACUCUGUGCUAUUUGUUUGA